AUGAUAUCUGGUAGAUUAUAUUGGAUUAUUUGGUUAUCAUUUAUUGUUUAUAGUGUUAUAUUUGCACCAAACAGUUUACCGUCAAAACCAACAUUACCAUUAAUUGAAAAAUUAUUAAAAGGUGAAUGGUAUGGAAUUAAUGCCUAUGUUAUCUCAUUGUUUUAUUUCAUGGGAAUAUGGCCAUUGAUCUAUAGUUGUAUAUUAUUUGUCGAUGGACAAACACAAAGUAUUCAUGGUGGUUUAAUAUCUCUAUUAUCAAUGGCAUUGGGUGGUUUUGUUUUAUUACCUUAUUUUGCAAUACGUUAUCCACAUCCACAAUUUAAAGGACCAUUAACAAAUAUGAUACGUUUUUUUGAAUCAAAAUUAGUUUCAUUUACAUUAACAUUACUUACAAUAGGUUUAUUUAUUUAUGCAUUAUUUUAUGGUAAUUUUCAAAAUUUUGUAUACGAAUUUUUUACACAACGUUUUAUUAAUAUAAUGUCAAUUGAUUUUUGUAUAAUAUCAUUAUUGUUUCCAAUAUUGAUACGUGAUGAUUUAAGUCGACGAAAUAUGUCUGAUAAAUAUCAUAUUUAUUAUCCAUUGAGUUUUAUUCCAAUGAUCGGACCACUUAUCUAUUUGAAUAUGCGUCAACCGUUAGUAACUAAUAAUAUGACACAGUCAAAACGAAAAUUAUGA